AUGGAGGUACCGCUGGUUAACUUUGAGAACAUGGAUGACGUUGGCAUCCACAUGGGAGACCCCAGUGACUCGGGGUACCCCACCACGCCCACAUCCGAGGCCCCUGACCAGAACCUGGCCACCAACCGCCUCACGACCCCCCAACAGUCGCCCAGCAGAGGCCGCAGGGGCCCAGAGACCUCGCCCUCGACCCCUCCCACGGUGAGCAACAAGGGCCACUCUAGCUGUGGCAGUUUGAUCUCCAACCUGAAGCUGUUGAUCAACAGCGAGACCUCGCCCACCGACAGUGUCUUCAGCCGGCUGAAGGAAUGCUGCGACAACGAGGACCUGUUUGAGAAGCAGCGUGUGGUGAACUCUCCCAACCACAAGGUGCUCAUCAACGUGUCUGGGAUGAAGUAUGAGACUCAGAUGAGCACCCUGACUCAGUUUCCGGACACCUUGCUUGGAGAUCCAAUGAAACGGAUGCGGUACUUUGACCCGAUGAGGAACGAGUAUUUCUUUGACCGGAAUCGGCCCAGCUUCGACGGAAUCCUCUACUUCUACCAGUCUGGGGGUAAACUCAGACGACCGGCCAACGUCCCCUUGGACGUUUUCGUCAACGAGAUUGUUUUCUACGAGUUGGGACACAAGGCCAUGGAGCAGUUCCGCGAGGACGAGGGUUUCGUCAAAGAGCCCGAGGUGCCUUUGCCCACCAACGAGCUUCACCGUCAGUUCUGGCUCCUGUUCGAGUACCCCGAGAGUUCCAGCGCCGCCCGCACCGUGGCCCUGGUGUCCGUGUUCGUCAUCGUCAUUUCCAUCUUCAUCUUCUGCCUGGAGACUCUGCCGGAGUUCCGCGACGAGCCGGACUACUUCCCGAGCCCGGCCCAGGGCUCCAACAUGUCCCUGGUGCCUCCCAGCGCCGUCCAGAAAAGCGUGCUGGCCUACAUCACCGACCCCUUCUUCAUCGUGGAGACCAUCUGCAUCAUCUGGUUCUGCUUCGAGCUGGGGGUUCGCUUCGUGGUGUGCCCCAGCAAGAGGGAUUUCUUCAACAACAUCAUGAACAUCAUCGACAUUGUCUCAAUUUUUCCUUACUUCGUAACCCUGGUGACGGAGCUGGCGACCACUCCGGACGACGACAUCAACUCAGGCCAGAACAUGUCGCUGGCCAUCCUGCGGAUCAUCCGUCUGGUGAGAGUCUUCCGCAUCUUCAAACUCUCCCGCCACUCCAAGGGGCUUCAGAUUCUGGGUCAGACCCUGAAAGCCAGCAUGAGAGAGCUGGGCCUGCUCAUCUUCUUCCUCUUCAUAGGGGUGAUCCUGUUCUCAAGUGCCAUCUACUUCGCCGAGGUCGACGAACCGCAGACCCAGUUCGUCAGCAUCCCUGACGGAUUCUGGUGGGCUGUGGUGACCAUGACGACAGUCGGCUACGGCGACAUGUGCCCCAUCACCAUGGGGGGCAAGAUGGUGGGCACCCUGUGCGCCAUCGCCGGCGUGCUGACCAUCGCCCUGCCCGUUCCUGUCAUCGUCUCCAACUUUAACUACUUCUACCACCGGGAGACGGAGCAGGAGGAGAAGCAGGUGAUGGAUAUCGCCACCGAAGACGCGCAGAAGUCGGCCGACUCGACCAACAAGUAUGGCAGCACCCCGUCUCUCAACAAGAGCAAUGGGACUUGGCAGAACGAGAAGAGCGGUGUGAACUGAUCCUCCAGGCGUCAGCACAGCCACGGGGCGGGAUAGGACUGCGUCAAA